UUUGGAAUUUUGACUUUUUUUGGGUUUUGGUCCUUUCGGACUUUUCGUCAUUUCGGGAUUUUCACAUUGGAAAUUUGGCUCUCAAGAUUUUGGCUUUUCGACACUUUGACCCUUCAGAAUUAUGAGCUUCCGGUAUUUUGGCGUAUAAGAUUUUGUUUUUCGGGAUUUUAGUCGUUUCGGGAUUUCGAACUUUUUUGAGAUUUUGACUUUUUGGGAUUUUGGACCGUGUAGUAUUAUGGCUUUUUAGGAUUUUGACCAAUUCAGGAUUUUAACUAUGCGGGAUUUCGAUCAAUUCGAGAUUUUGGUCUUUUCGAGAUUUUGGCUUUCGGUUUUUUGAUCAGGACCCCUUCGGAACACCUUUUAAAUCAGAAAAACUUCAUUAAAUCCAAAUUCACAUCACUCUCUUUUUUUCUCAAUCGAUUUUUAUAUUUUUAUCUAACUCUUUCGCACUCUUCUUCAUCUUUUGACCAUCACAGCAAAUAAAAUUUAGUUUAUUUUAAUUUUGAAUGUCAAAUAAUAAGAUUGACAUAUGCAAAACGACUGGGAAAACGAUGUGUAUUUUGAUUUCAUGAAAUUUUCCUGGUUUAAAAGGUGUCAUAAAAUUCUAUACUGCCAAAUUUUAUCAGUAGUUUACUGACCAAAUUCAAUUUUUACUACUCAGUUAUACAAAUCCAAAUUUAAAAUUAUUUUUACAACAUGUUUGUUAAUUAAAUACAAUCAAAUCCGCGCUUUCCAUUCAUUUUAUAUUAAUAACAAUUCAAAUAUUAUAAAUUUGCAAAUAUAAAUGAAUGAAUUAUAAACUAUUCCCAUGCACUAACACAUCAUUUACUUGGAAAUUAACUAAAAAUAUACAUACAGCAAAUGUUGAAAAUCACAAAUUAACAGCGGUUAAAUAAUUGGAGUUUGCAAAAGUAUUUUGAUUGUACAACAAUGUAAAUGAAUAAUAAAUGAAUAAUAAUCCAUCAAAUACGUAUUAAGCAGCUUAAUCAGUUUUUUGUGUUUUGGGACUAAAAGUUUAAAUUGAAAAACAAAACUAUAUUUUCCAUAUGUUGCACUAUAACAAUAAGUACCAUUGAAACUUUGAGUAAUUAAGAGAGCUUUGUAAUAAAAUCUAGUGUAGAAGGAAAAGAAAUUCACCUCAUAAAAUACAUCUUUAUUCCAUUUCUAAAGAUUUUAUGGGAAAGUAAAAGAAAUCAGUGGAAAAGUUUUAUCAACCCUUUUCCCUCUAUUGAAUUUUCUUUUGGUUCACAUUUUCAUGAGACUUCUAGCCAUCACUCUCAUGUUCUCUGAACUUGUUGAAAUUAAUUUCAGAAAAUUUUUACCCUUGUCAAACACACCUCUAUAUUACCUGAACUCUGUCAAUCUUCCGAUAAUGGAUAACGUAAUUUUUCAUUCAUGCCGUAGAAGAGACCUCAUAAAGAUUGUGGGUUUUUUUGUUCCAUUUCAAACAGUUAACUGAAGGAAAUUGAGUUAAGACUUGCGAUACAAUGAAACGGAAAAGUGACUUCUGUAUCAGUGCAAGUAAUUGUAUUACAGCAAUUAAUAAUAUCUAAAGACGAGGAUUCCGACAUUUAUGACGAGAUUUUCUUGAAGCUCUGGAUGAGAAUGAUUUAUUUCAUCCUUUGCUUGGCUCCAAAAAUAGCCCCAUACCGUCAGAACUUUGAUACAACGUAGCAUGGCAUUUUGAGGCCUUAAUUUUGUGGGCAUUUCGAAGAAAUAUCUCUCUCUCUCUGGCAAAUUGUUCACAAAUUAACACCGGUGAUAACAAGGGAAGCAAAACUCUAUAAAAGUCCCAGGUACACAUGACAGUGUGGUUAUUUGAACAUAGUCACUCUUACAACUAUGAAAGUUACCGUUCUGCUGCUCCUUUGUGGCCUCUUGGCAGUCGAAGGACGAUACAGUAUACCCCGACGCCAAAGUCGCCCAAGACCUCCCUCAGACAGCUUUAUUGUAGGCGGAGAAGAUGCUGCCGUAGGCCAGUUUCCAUGGAUUGGAGCACUUCAGUAUGAUGGAUACGGUCAAUUCUGUGGUGGUUCUGUCAUCUCAGACCACUGGCUCAUCACUGCUGCCCAUUGCCCAGAGGGACUCUCAGCUAUUUACAUGACUGUAAGGAUCGGUUCUCGCUACCACGAUACUGGAGGUCAGGUUCAUCGAAUGAUCCGUUACAUCAUGCAUCCUCAAUACUACAUUGAAUCAAUGUACGAUUUCGACGUGGCCGUUGCCGAAAUAGAGGGAGUUAUGGGAGGACCUAACAUCAGACCAAUACCCCUAACGGACGUUGAACCCCUUCCUCCACAACGAGUCUUUGUGGCCGGAUGGGGUGCUCUGGAAUGGCAGGGUAUAGGACCCCAAAUCCUCCAGUUUGUCAGUAUUCCCGUUGUAGACCGUCAAGUGUGCGCAGAUGCAGGAUAUGGUUACUACAUUCGAGACAAUAUGUUCUGUGCUGGAGAAUAUGGACGUGAUUCCUGCCAAGGUGACAGCGGUGGACCAUUGACUGACGCUAGCAACAGACUUGUGGGAUUAGUCAGUUGGGGCAAUGGAUGUGCCUGGGAAGGCUGGCCAGGUGUCAACACAAAUAUCGCUUAUCCCGGUGUGAGGGACUUCAUCAGAAAUCACACAGGAAUCUAAAAAAAAAUGUACACUCUAUGUUGCAUCCCAUUCCCGCAUCAUUUCCUCAACAAAUUCAAUUUGUUGACAUUUUUUUUCGUCACUUUCAACCCCUUCCACGUGAUUUCCUCCUCUCUUUUUCUGCACAAUAAAGCAAAGAGCUUUUUAAUACGAUGUGGAGAGUCAAUAAUAGGUAUACCAGGAUGAAAGAACUACCGGGGGAGACAUAAGGAAAUACAGAGAAAUUGAGAGAAAAAAA